UUGCCAUGAAAGUCAGGGCAGAGCUCCACACCACUGAGAGAUAGCAGAGGACACCACCAGGGAGUGUCUGCUCCGGGAGGACAAUAUGCAUUCAGCCCGUUAAGUACAAUAAACAAUAACUGACUGCUGGAGAUGCUGAGAGGCACGGAUAUGAACAGAAAGAUCCUGGAAAAAAUAGACUGAAUGUGGAGAUGGAUUAAUGGCUCACUAUGAAACUCACAUAACGCCUCCAACAGCUUGAUCGGGUGCGUUUGUCUCACACUCAUGUAAAGUUGUGUGUGAAGGGAACUGGGAAGGAUGGGAAACGCCGUGCGGGGCGUCAUCGCCUUCAUUCCCUCCGAACGCUGUCAGCGCUUCCUGGUGGGCCAUCUGAAAGAGAUGCCGCUGGACCGAACUCUGGAUCUGAGCAGCCACCAGCUGCGCCGGCUGCCUGCUGCUGCUUGUGUCUUCGAUGAGCUGGUGAAGCUCUACCUGAGUGACAACAACCUGAGCAGCUUGCCUGCUGAGCUGCAGGGCCUGAGGAAGCUGCAGCUCCUGGCUCUUGACUUCAACUGUUUCGAGGAGCUCCCAGCAGCUGUAUGCAGGUUGCCCCAGCUCAGCAUCCUCUACCUGGGCAACAACAAGCUGCACUAUCUUCCCAAACAACUGAGUGAGCUCAGGGAACUUACGACUCUGUGGCUGGAGACAAACUGCUUCACCGAUUUCCCUGAGGUUGUUUGUGAGCUCACGAAUCUGAAGACCCUUCACCUCGGUUAUAACCAGAUCCGCAUGCUGCCAAACAAUAUACAACAGCUGGAGGAACUGCGAAGUAUCUGGCUUGCUGGGAACCUCCUGACAGAGUUUCCGCCAGUAUUACUGGAAAUGCACUUUCUGGCUGUUAUUGAUGUGGACCGAAACAGAAUACGCCAGUUUCCAAGCCUGUCCCACAUGAGCGGCUUAAAACUUAUCAUAUACGACCACAACCCCUGCAUUAAUGCCCCGACGGUGGGCGACGGGGUCAGGAGGGUCGGGCGCUGGGCCGACAGCUCAGAUGAUGACCUGGAAGACGAUGCGACUAAAGCAGUGAGUGAGAUCACAGAUGAGGUGGUAGAUGUCCAAUCUGAGGAGAAGCAGAAUGACUAAGAGCCAAAUGAUGAAGUCCGUCACUUCAGUGGCGUCCUGGACAGGAAACAGUCGCGGUGUAGCGUUAGUGAAGACAGAACGCAGCAGGUGCAGGACAGAUUUCUCAAAGUAUUUGACAUUAUUUUGCAAGUAUUAUGAAAAUUUGUAAAAGCAAGUUUGUGUUGUAGUUAAUAAACUCAGUAAAGUGUU